CUCCAGCGAGGUUAUGGGACAGGAAAUGGUAAAAGCAAGUAACCAACUCAAUCUAAGUUAGGGGAGGCACACACAAAAGAUAGCCUUAGAGAGAGAGAGAAAAAGAGAGAAAGAGAAAGAGAAGAGAGGUGAAAGAAAGGUCCUGCUUUGUAGGAGGCAAUGGCAAGGACACAGCUCUCUCCUCUCUCUUUCCAUUGAGCAAAAAACACCUCUAGCCUCCUACCUCCUUUCAUUGAUCCCCAGGGGCUUGAUCAAUCAUCAAGACGAGUAGUAACGGGAGAGGUGAAGUUUCCGCCGCCACAUAAAUAGUCUGGAAUAGGCUUCGGCCGGAGUUUCUGACUAAAUAUGGCCAAUGACUCUGAUUCUCCAUCACCGGAUUCUUCACCUUCACCACCAACAUCAUCAGACUCCUCGUCUUCGUCGUCAUCCUCACCCGCACCUUCAAAGGAAUCCCCAAAGAAUUCGAAAGAUACACAGUCGCCAACCCCAUCUCCUCCAAAAAACUCCUCACCUCCGCCAUCUUCCCCUCCACCGUCCUCACCACCACCUUCGUCUCCUCCUCCAUCGACGCCUCCCCCGAAGGACGAUGACGAUCAAUCGCCCGAGUCCCCGAAACAAAACUCCUCGCCUGCUCCACCAAAGGACAACUCGCAGCCAGCUCCGGCCACUCCGGCAACUCCGGCCACUCCAGCUGGUAGCAAUACACCACCCAAACCAAAAGCUCCGGGUGUUCCGGCUACCACUGUCUAUGCGCCGCCUCCCCCACGUGCUAAAACUUCGCCCUCCAAUGCAGUGACACCACCACCACCUUCCAACGACUCUUCAGAUGACAGCAGUGGCAAUGACUCCGAUAAAGGGGUGGUGGUAGGAGUGGGGAUCGGCGCCGGAGUAAUUGUACUUCUGUUGCUCGUCAUUUGUGUGCUUUGCUUCAGGAGGAAGAGGAGAAAGAAUGACCACAUGCAAUAUUAUGGAGAUCCACUCAAAGGUGGUGGUCAUGACUACUACAACACUACACAGCAACACAAUUGGAACAUGAAUACACCGCCACAAGGAGACCAUGUGGUCAGGCUAAACCAAGCAGCAGCUGGUAGUAAUCGUGGUGGUGGUGCCUGGCCUUCACCGCCUCCUCCUAUGCCGAUGAGCGGUGAAAUGACAGGGAAUUUCUCAGGACCCCACGGACCCCCCUUGCCACCUCCCUCACCAAACAUGUCACUCGGCGGGUUCAACCAGAACACCUUCACUUAUGAUGACCUAGCAACCGCUACUAACGGGUUCUCACAAGCCAAUUUGUUGGGUCAAGGUGGGUUCGGGUUUGUGCACAAGGGCGUCCUCCCCAGUGGAAAAGAGGUUGCGGUGAAGAGUCUCAAGGUCGGUAGUGGGCAAGGUGAACGGGAAUUUGCUGCGGAGGUCGAGAUCAUUAGCCGAGUUCAUCACCGACAUCUAGUGUCGCUCGUUGGAUAUUGCAUUUCCGGUGGCCAUAGAUUGUUGGUCUAUGAGUUUGUUCCCAAUUCAACCAUGGAACAUCACUUGCAUGGCAAUGGACUUCCACCAAUGGAUUGGGCAACUAGGCUUCGGAUCGCAACUGGAUCUGCUAAAGGGCUUGCCUACCUUCAUGAGGACUGCCAUCCCAAGAUCAUCCAUCGUGAUAUCAAAUCUGCUAAUAUUCUCCUGGAUAACAACUAUGAGGCCAUGGUUGCUGAUUUUGGGUUGGCUAAGCUGUCAUCUGACAACUACACCCAUGUUUCUACAAGGGUUAUGGGUACUUUCGGGUAUUUGGCUCCAGAAUAUGCAUCAAGUGGAAAGUUGACAGAGAAGUCCGAUGUCUUCUCAUUUGGAGUCAUGCUUUUGGAACUCAUAACUGGAAAAAGACCGGUUGAUCCUUCAAAUGCCAUGGAAGACAGCUUAGUGGACUGGGCUCGACCACUUCUCACACGGGCACUAGAGGACGGUAACUAUACAGAGUUGGUGGAUAUCCGCUUGGACAACACCUACAACAGUCAAGAAAUGGCACGCAUGGUCGCCUGUGCUGCUGCCAGUAUUCGUCACUCUGCUAAACGACGCCCAAAGAUGAGCCAGAUUGUACGCGCAUUGGAAGGAGAUGUGUCGUUAGACGACUUAAAUGAGGGGGUAAAACCAGGGCAGACCGUUAUGAUGAAUCCCGCUGCUGGUGGAAGCUCGGGCUAUAACACAGAGGCAUACAAUGCCGACAUGAAGAAGUUCAGGAAGUUAGCCCUUUCGAGCCAGACGAGCAGUGAGUUCGGAACUAACAGUUCCGACUCCACAGAAAUGACCAUCCCUGCGAACCCAAAGCCGCCACCAAAGUUCUGAUCCGCCAUGUCACUACCAAAGAGCAGGAGGAAAGCUUAAUUAAGAUCGACGAGGACACAGAAGAAAGCAAUUCAUGAUAUAGGUCACUGUGUUCUACUUUGCAAUUCAAAUUUGGGGUUUAGGAUUAAGGGAAGGGUGAGAUAUUUGAAGAUUUGGGAGUGGGAUUUGGGGCGGUGCCAUCCAUUUGUGCUAUGAAAAUAUUUAUGUAUAUGGGGGCUAAAUGGCUUGAAAUGACCAAAUCUUGAUGGUUAGUUUGAUUAAACUUGUUUUCUUUGAUACAAAUAUGGAUUUGUAAUUAAAUCCGUAUAAAUACAAUUUGGUUUGGAGACAUAUAGAGAGUUUCUCUGUAUCA